CUUGUCUAGUUCUAAAGAAAACCUCAUUUUAAAAGAGGCAAGUAAAAUUGUUAGCAUAUUUUACGAUAGUUAUUCAGAAAGUUAUUUAUGUAUUAUUCAUUAUAUGGCACCUGAAGUUUUAUUAGGUCAAAAGUUUACAGAAGCUACCAAUAUUUAUAGCUUUGAAGCCAUCACGUCAGAAAUAUCAAGUGGACAAAGACCUUCUGAUG